UUUCUAAAGAUUUAACUUUUUCCUGCAAUAAUUCCAGCUUUUUAACAGUGCCAGCUCGAGUACGGUUUGAUCGGGAGGAGGUUAUAGCUGCUGGUGUUGAUAAUUCUUCCUCAAUUGUUUGA